CUUUAUAUCCACUGCCCAUUUCUUCAUCCUACACGCUAAGGGAUCAAGCCAAUGACAAUCCCAAUCUCUCUUUCAAGUCUUUUUCUGCUAGCACUAGCUGCAAGCUUCAUUUCUUCUUCUUCCUCCCCAGUUCAGGAUCCUGAACUACUAGUACAAGAAGUACACAGGAGGAUCAAUGCUUCCAGGAGGAAUCUGGGGUUUCUCUCCUGUGGAACAGGGAAUCCAAUAGAUGAUUGCUGGAGAUGUGAUCCCAAAUGGGAGAAAAACAGGCAGAGAUUAGCAGAUUGUGGAAUUGGAUUUGGCAAGCACGCCAUUGGAGGAAGAGAUGGUAAGAUAUACAUUGUUACAGAUUCAGGUGAUGAUGAUCCUGUGAAUCCCAAACCAGGAACUUUAAGAUAUGGUGUCAUCCAAGAUGAGCCUCUCUGGAUAAUUUUCGCCGGCGACAUGGUGAUCAAGCUCAAGGAAGAGCUCAUAAUGAACUCUUUCAAGACCAUUGAUGGAAGAGGAGCUAGUGUUCACAUUGCUGGUGGUCCAUGCAUCACUAUACAGUAUGUGACUAAUAUUAUCAUCCAUGGUUUAAACAUACAUGAUUGUAAGCAAGGAGGGAAUACUUAUGUGAGGGACUCCCCAGGCCAUUAUGGGUGGAGAACUGAAUCGGACGGUGAUGGAGUGUCCAUCUUUGGAGGGAGUCAUGUGUGGAUUGAUCAUUGUACUUUGUCUAAUUGCAAUGAUGGGUUGAUUGAUGCCAUCCAUGGUUCCACAGCUAUUACUAUUUCUAAUAAUUAUAUGACUCAUCAUAACAAGGUUAUGCUUUUGGGUCAUAGUGAUGGCUAUACUCGAGAUAAGAAUAUGCAGGUCACAAUUGCUUUCAACCAUUUUGGAGAAGGGCUUGUGCAGAGAAUGCCAAGGUGCAGACAUGGGUAUUUUCAUGUGGUGAACAAUGACUACACCCAUUGGGAAAUGUACGCAAUUGGGGGGAGUGCUGCUCCUACAAUAAAUAGCCAAGGAAACAGAUUUGUUGCUCCUAAUGAUAGAUUCAGCAAAGAGGUGACUAAACAUGAAGAUGCACCAGAGAGUGAGUGGAAGCACUGGAAUUGGAGGUCUGAAGGGGAUUUGAUGCUAAAUGGUGCAUUCUUUACAUCAUCAGGAGCUGGAGCUUCUUCAAGUUAUGCUAGAGCAUCUAGCUUGGGUGCAAGACCAUCUUCCUUAGUGGGUUCAAUCACAGCAGAAGCAGGUGCACUUUUUUGCAAAAAGGGUAAACGUUGUUGAUCAGUGGCCAGGCUUAGAAGCCCAAGAUUGGUCACCAGGAAUGGGUAAGCAUCUAAGAAAGGGUAAGAGGAUAAAAAUAGAAGGGUAAAAAAGAAGAUAAUAAAGACAAUUGUGAGCACAUGGGGAAUUAGGGUCAUCUUCUUCUAUAACACUUUUAAUUAGUUAGAAGUAAAUUUUAAAUGAAUUUAACAACUAUGGUUUUAUGAGAAAAUUGAAGUAUAUUGGCAAAUAGUUUCUGUCAAGGUGAGGGGCCAUAUGGUCACAUGGUACAUGGAUGAUACAAUAAGCAUGUACUGAAACAGUAACAAAAUUUAUAACAAAAUGCCUUUGGUACCUUCAUUAAUGGAACCAUUUUCUCUUA